UCCACCGGCUACUCACCAUUCUAUUUGAUGUUCGGCCGCAACCCAAGACUUCCAGUGGACAUUGCAUUUGGCUUGAGGAAAGAUGCCACAGGAUCCAACUACAUCAAGGACCUGAAACAGAGACUAGACCACGCCUACACAGUUGCUUCAGAAGCCUCCAAGAAGUCUCAACUUAGACAGAAAAAAGGUUAUGACACCAGAGUCCGUGGAGCUACAAUACAGAAAGGCGACCGUGUUCUGGUCAAGAUAGUGGCAUUUGGAGAAGGAAAACACAAGCUAGCAGACAAGUGGGAGCAUGACCCUUACACCGUACUUGCUCAGCCUAAUGCGGAUAUACCAGUGUAUACUGUACAGAAGGAAAAUGGCGAGGGAAGGAAAAGAAACCUACAUAGGAAUCUCUUACUACCCAUCGGAUAUCUGACAGACACUGAGCCACCAGUACAGAGAGAAAGACCCGUACCAAAACCGAGAUUGAGGAAGAAGCAACCCACACCUGUCACACCUAUUAGACCGGAGAGCCAAGUGGAAAUUUCAGAUGAAUCGUCUGAUGAGGAACCAUUUGAGCUUGUAAUAGUGGAGCAUGAUGCUAGCAGUGACACUACCAUCACUGAGGAACAGCACGAUGACUCUACUGUGAUCGAUACACCUGAGGAUUCUGAUUCUGUAGGGGACGCCCAUUCCCAGGAAGCGACAGACACCGAAGCAGAAGGGACAGAAUCGGAGUCGGUUAUUAGAAGCGCUUCGACAGUCAGUAAUGAAGAUAGUCAGCAGGAGGAUAGUCCUGAUGAAGCUUCUACAGCAUCUUCACCUGAACCAGUUAGACGGUCUACUAGAGAUAGACAACAACCAGCCUGGAUGAGAUCUGGAACAUUCGACUUAUCCAAGUCAGUUGGUACACCAGUUAGUGACAGUGAGUGGUACAAGAAGGUCCAGUUCAUUACAUCGUUAGCUGGAACACAUCUAUUCCGGGAUUUACAGUCAGAAGCAGCGAAGACCAUACUCGACAUUGUCAAGACACCGUCAGCCAAGAAAUGA